AUGAAAAGUUCCGCUAAGGACUUGAUCCAAAUCAGUUUACCAUCCAUCGAACGUCCGUUUGGAAUUUAUCUCUGGCCAAUUUUCAACAAGGUGUUUGAACUGGUGAUUGGAUACCCAGCCGACGAUUUCGAGUUUAUUUACCACAAGACUUUCCUUGCCAAUGGGUUCCAUGCGGUUAGUAUUAUUGUUGUUUACUAUAUCAUUAUCUUUGGUGGUCGUUCCUUGAUCAACAAGUUUAGGUUGCCAGCAUUAAAGCUCAAUUUCCUUUUCCAAUUGCACAAUAUUGUGCUUACAUUGUUGUCGUUGAGUUUGUUAUUGUUGUGUAUUGAGCAGUUGGUGCCCAUUAUUUACAAGCAUGGUUUGUUUUAUGCUAUUUGUUCCAAAGGUGCAUUUACCCAGAAGUUGGUGACAUUGUACUAUUUGAACUAUUUGACCAAGUAUUUGGAACUUGUUGAUACUGUUUUUCUUGUGUUGAAGAAGAAGAAGUUGUUGUUUCUCCACACUUAUCACCAUGGUGCCACGGCGUUGUUGUGUUACACACAGUUAACUGGUUACACUUCAGUUGAGUGGGUUCCAAUCACCUUGAAUUUGGCUGUGCAUGUUGUUAUGUACUGGUACUAUUUCCUUAGUGCCAGGGGUAUUAGAGUUUGGUGGAAGGAGUGGGUGACCCGUUUCCAAAUUAUUCAGUUUAUUUUGGACUUGGGUUUUGUGUACUUUGCUACAUACACACACUAUGCGUUCCGUUAUUUCCCAUCUUUGCCAUGUAUGGGAGACUGUCAUGGAAGUGAGUUGGCUGCUGCAUAUGGAUACUUGAUUUUGUCGAGUUACUUGGUGUUGUUUAUUAGUUUUUACAUCAAGGUGUACAAGACCAAGGGUGGCGAUGCAGCUUCAAAGAAGGCGGCCGGUGUCGAUAAGAGUAGGGAUGCAGCAACUGAUGGUGCAAAGACCUCUGGUGUUGAAACAUCACAAUCUAAAGUGAAAUCAAGAAAAGUAUAA